AUGGCACCCGCACCCAUCGAUCCCCGCAUUAUAGACGUUGCACCUCCCAGAAAAGACACUCUCGGACUGCCUGCUCCCGCAAGAGAGCGACUAGAAAAGGCCGGGGUUGACCUGAGCGCUGGAUAUCCGUAUCGCCCAUCGCGCCCCCUCUAUCUGGAUGACGUUUACAAUGUCCGAAACUACGAUCGCGAGCAUGUAGACCCUGGUACUCGCGCUGACCCCGAGAAGAAAGCACUUUUGUCAGCAGCAAAAGAAGUGAUUCCUCUCACCAGACAUAUCGGUACUGAAAUAGUCGGACUGCAACUGAAGGACCUCACAGACCAGCAGAAGGAUGAGUUGGGUCUGCUGAUCGCCGAACGCAGCGUUGUUUUCUUCCGAGACCAGGAUAUUUCUCCCCAACAACAAAAAGAACUGGGAGAACACUUUGGUGAGAUUGAGAUUCAUCCUCAAGUACCCCAGGUCCCAGGUGUUCCCGGCGUGUCCGUAAUCUGGCCAGCACUGCAAGCGACUGAGAACCCAGCCAGUUUCCGUCGGCCGGGUGGUUCAUCCCGAUGGCACACUGACCUUGUUCACGAAAGACAACCUGCUGGUGUGACCCAUCUCCACAAUGACACUGUCCCUACUGUUGGCGGAGAUACACUCUGGGCGAGCGGCUAUGCUGCAUAUGAAAAGCUGUCACCAGCGUUCCGCCAGCUUAUUGACGGCAAGACGGCUAUCUAUCGAUCUACGCACCCAUACUUGGACCGCAAGAACCCUGAGGCUGGCCCGAAGUAUGUAGAGCGGGAACAUCCCUUGGUUCGAGUUCACCCGGCGACUGGAUGGAAGGCACUAUGGGUUAACAGAGCUAUGACGGAUCGAAUUGUUGGACUGGAUAAGGCUGAGAGUGAUGUGAUUCUGGGAUAUCUUUAUGAUGUCUAUGAGAAGAACCCUGAUAUUCAGGUUCGGUUCAAGUGGAGUCCGCGAACAAGCGCUCUCUGGGAUAAUCGUAUUACAAUUCACAAUGCCAGUUGGGAUUAUGAAGGCUCACAGCCUCGACAUGGUACUCGGGUUACUGCACUAGCCGAGAAGCCAUUCUUUGACAGCAAAGCACCUACUCGAAGAGAGGCCUUGGGCUUGUUGGGACCCGAGGAAAUCGAAGAGUUGACGAACCUGAAGCAGCUGGAGCUGAAGUAA